AUGAGUGCUAACAGCACCAACUACACCACCAUCCUGCACUCAGAAAAAGGAGGGAGUCCCAGCAGGAGUGGUUUCCAUGGAGCAGGUGGAUGCAGAAGGCGCUACGUGCAGAAGGAUGGCAGCUGCAAUGUUUUGUUGCAAAACCUACCGGGGGAGUUGGGCAGCUACAUGGCUGACAUCUUCACUACCUUGGUGGAAAUAAAGUGGCGUCUCAUGUUCCUCAUCUAUUCGCUCUCCUACAUCCUAUCCUGGCUCUUGUUCGGGGCAGUCUUCUGGCUGAUCGGAUUUUGGAAUGGCGACAUGGAGGACCAAGAGAAUGAGCCUUGUGUCUACAAUGUACGCAGCUUCACCGCAGCGUUUCUCUUCUCCCUCGAGUCCCAAACCACCAUCGGCUACGGCUACCGCUGUGUGACAGAGGAGUGCAUGCUUGCUGUCAUCUUCGUGACACUGCAGUCCAUCACCAGCUGCAUCAUCGACACCUUCAUCAUUGGGGGGGUAGUGGCCAAGAUGGCAUCCGCCCGGAGGAGGGCACAGACUGUUGGCUUCAGUGACUGUGCAGUAAUUGCCAUGAGGGAUGGCCAGCUCUGCCUCAUGUGGCGUAUCGGAGAUUUCCGCCAAAACCACAUGGUGGAGGGCACAGCAAGGGCACAGCUACUCCGCUACCAGGAGCACCCCACCGACAAAAUGAUCGUGACUUACCGCGACUUGGAGCUCUCUGACAAUGAAAUUCUUCUGGCCAUGCCAGCCCUUUUAAUCCAUAAGAUCGGUCCUGCAAGUCCCCUGUAUGGGCUGAGCUGGCAGAGCUUACAGCAAGAGAAUUUUGAGCUGGUGGUCACUUUCACUUACACAGGGGACUUUACGGGAAGCUCACACCAGACACGCACCUCCUACAUCCCUGCUGAGAUCCGCUGGGGCCAACAAUUCCGAGACUUGCUCGUAGUGAAGGAGAAGUACUACAAGGUGAAUUACUCCCAGUUUCAUGAGACCAGAGAGGCGUGGACCCCAGAGUGCAGCGCUGAGGAACGCGACUGGAAAGAACAAGAAGUGGCUCCACAGCCAAGUGACGCAGGACACGGGCCAAAAUCCAACACACUUAUCAGGGAGCCCCGUGAGAGUGCAGGGAUCACCAUCAAUAGAGAGAGUGUCAUUCCUCCCGAUAAGUCAUGGAACAUAGAACCAGAUGAGCCGCUGAUUAAAAAAGCUGUUGUGAUGUUAGGGAAAGUUUCAUGGGAGUCUCAGAUGUGAAUUAUGUAUGGAAAUUUACAGAGAG